AUGACAGCGCAGCCUGAGGAGGACCCCAGCCCUGGACCAGAGCCCGACUCGUUUGGGGAGCCACUAUACGAGGAGGUGGGGGACUUCGGCCUGCAGGUCCUGCAGUCCCUGCAGACCAGCUUCAGAUCCAGCAUCGCUGCAGAGACACAUGAAGUCUCCGUCCACCCACCCGUCGUGGAGGAGACCGGGAGCUGUGAUGAGGACCCAUCAGAUGCCCCGUCCAGUCCCUCUUCAGAGGAACUGCUGCUGAAGGAGCUGGAGACAGCCCUGGGAGGAGGAGAGGAGCCCGAGGAGGCAGGGCAGAGGACAGUGGAGGAUGAGGGGCCGUACGACGUGUAG